AGUCUUCUGUCCGUUUGCAGUGGUGUGUAUGCAGAACAAGAGAGAUCUCAGCCAGGAAACGUGGCACAUAAUGAGUCCGGUGACUGACUGCCCAACAGCGAAUGUGCCCGAGUCAGCAGGAUGGCAUCUUUGACUGUGGCGAGGAGCCAGAGCACUUAAGCCUGCAGCACCUCUCCAUAUUGUUCUGUCUGCCACACAACAAAACCAGGGCCUCCACUGCAAAAUACAGCCAAGAGCAGCCACUGAGCUGCAGACAGACGGGGCAGGUCAGGGGGCUGUUGGUGUACAAGUCGGUCAGUCACACAAACAAAUCUUUGGUUAUAUUUGUGUAGGAUUUGUCUGUGUUGUGAUAUAUCUGGAAUAAUGACCAGCCACAGAGAGGCCACACUGGCAGCUGCCCCAGAGGACACACAGACGGAUAAUACAAGGUCCAGACAAGAACAAGAGGAGAAACUGAUCCUGACAGCCUGGCAAAGCAUGUCCUCAGCUCUACAGCAGCACAGUCUGUCUGAAAACUCCAGAGCUCCAGGCCUGGCUCAGUCUUUCCUGUCCAAACAGAGGCAGUCCACCCAGGCCAGGAGGGCGCUCUCCCCCCGGCUGCAGCCCAGGUAGGACCCUCCAUCCGCAGUGGGAAAUGGAGGCGUGCAGCCCAUGGGACGAAAAGCAAGAUUGUGGGAAAAGGUGUGCAUUUUCUGUCAUUUUUUUCAUUUUCUGAGGAUCUGUGCUGUCUUUGGUUUGCUGCUAUCGCCCCCUGCUGAUCAAUGCUGGUACUGGACUAUUGACCUAAAUGAAGAGAAAAACUAAAUAGUAAAUGUCUUGGUUUACUGUUUUUAUGUAUGUAACUAAAUGUGUGCUUGUCAAUAAUCACUAGACUGUCUGCUCCAUUCUUCAAUGUAUAAUAUACAUUUAUUACUGCAGGUAAGAUACAAUUAGUAAUAAUGCAAAAAAAAAAAAAGAUUAUUUGUCAUUCAUGUAAAACUGUUCUUAUCUCAUUAAUAUCAUUCAAUAUUUGUU